GUCAAUCGUCAGUUAUAUAUUUUAUAAUAAGUUUCAUCUAAAAAAUUAUUUUUUUAAAUAUGUACUUUUCCGUUAAAUUAUUAGAACUAUAAUUGAUUAAUUGGAGAAAAAAAAUUCAUCCUGUCCAAAUUAUAAUGUAAACAGUUUCAAUGAUAAGGAGGAGAGCUGGAGGUAUGAUUAUUAGUAAACAUUUUAACGCAAAUUAUGACAUUAAAAUCAGAGACCUUCCGUUCCCAAGAAUGGAUACCUUUUGUUACUCAACAACAAAGGCUCCGAAACAUAGUACAAGUUUUUGGUUAUAACAUGUGUGUUGAUCCAGAAAGUACGACUAACAAUACUUCAUUUUAUUAUACUUUACAUUUAACAACAAUGUGUGCCCCAUUAUACACUAGUGAAAAAGUCCGUGGGCGUAAUCCAAAAUGGUCAAAAAUGGAUAUCUGUAGUUCAAUCGGAUCUGCUAAAGCUGUUGUAGUGCGAUUGUGGAAAAGUACAGAACACCAAACAAAAGUUUUAUUUGUUUGGGGCGUUGAAUUAAGUGGUCUGUUGUAUAUAACUCCAAUGCCAUUGGAGCCAAAAAUGUUUCAUUCCAAUUCAUUAGUAUUUUGUAUGACUGGAGGAAAUUAUACUGCUCCACAUUGUAUUGCUGAAGAUCAACCUACCUUAGCUCGCAUUACAGAUCUUACUUUACCUUCCAAAGAUGUAAGAAUGAGUGGUAAACUUUUUCAACUGACAAGAAUGCAUAGUAUUCAAAGAAUCACUAGUAAACAGAGAGAAAAAGCUACUUUAUUAAAAGAAAAAGUUAUUCAAGGCGAAAUCAGCUGGAAAGACAAUCGAACAGGAAGACAUCAAAGUGCUACAUUACGAAGAUUGAUGAACAAAGAAGCAACUCAAAAACCAUCUCAACAGAGUAUCAUGUCUAGAAAAAAAGAAAUUGAACUUAUCAAAUUUAGAGUAUUAUUGCUUUGCCAAGAAAAGUCUCGAAAAAUUGCUCUUCUUCGUAAUAAAACUCAAACUAGUAAAGAAUUCUAUGACGAAAAUUGUACUAAAAACUGCAAGCUAAAAGAAAUGAAUGAAAAACUCUUCGUAGACAUUCAUCGGAUAAAGCAAUUAAGCAUUAUAUCCAACUCAACUGAGACAUUGUCAACUUUAAAUAAUCAGCUCAUUUAUCGAAAAAAGCAACUUGUUUCAGAACUGAACUACAUAUACCCUAUUACUGAGGUCAAUGAAAAUAUUUCAAUAUGUGAUGUUCACCUUCCCAAUUCAGAAAAUUUUGAUGGAUGCAAUGAUAUUCAAUUGAGUGUUGCUUUAGGUUAUGUGGCUCACUUGACACUUAUGAUUUCCUACUUUUUAAAUAUUCCAUUAAGAUAUCCAAUUAACCACAUAGGAUCACGGAGCAAAAUUAUUGAUCACAUCUCAUUAGACAUGCAGGAUAGAGAACGAUUGUUUCCUUUAUUUGGCCGUACUAAAGCUAGAUUGGAAUUUGAUUACGCUGUUUAUUUGCUUAACAAAAAUAUUGCACAACUCCGUUGGUACAAUGGUUAUAGUACAAAUGAUUUACGUACAACUUUGUUCAACUGUUUAGUCAUGUUACAGCCACAAUCAAGUUUAUUAAAACUGCAAUCUUCUAAAUUUACAUCUUCUAAUUCAUCGUUGGAAUCUUCACUUAAUAUACCUCCAAGAUUAUCCAAAGAUGUUUAUGUUGAAGAUACAAGUAGUUCAGAUGAUUCAAAAAUAAAAGUAAUUCAGCAUUCUUCUUCAGAUCCAUCACUUUCAGAGGAUAAAACACAAGACUAUAAUGAUUUCCACUCUUCAUAAUAUCAAAUAAAAAAUUUGUUUUGGACAAUGUUACCACCAACUUUUAUAUUAAUUUAAAUUUAUAAGACU